CUCGGCCUGCUCGGCUGCGGCACAGGGCCAGGGCUGACCGCCCCCACAGCCGGGACUGAUCUCCCUCACAGCCGGGGCUGAAACCCUUCAGCGCCAGGGCUGAUCUCCCCCAGCGCCCCGCCUGAGAGCGGGGCGAUUCACCACACACGCUUUCCCCUGCCUCGUCGCAGCCCUUUGCGGACCGCAGCGUGCCCGCCAUUAUGUGAAACACCCUCCCCGUUCGCCGCUGCGGUUUGGUUCACCAGGCUGGCAGCCCUCCCGCCGGCCGGGGACGGGAGAAGGACUACAAGCCCCAGGCUGCCGCGGGCCGCGGGGGGCGGUGCCGGGUGUCGUGCCCGGCUGCGGCCUGCCCCUCCGCCGCGCACAGCAUGGCCGGCUUCGCCGACUUGAACCUCCCGCAGGGGCCGGACAAGAAGUCCCUGCAGAGCCUGCUGGAGGCCGCAGCGCACCUGGGAUAUUCUGCAGUUGCUCUUAAUCAUGUCAUCGAUUUUAAAGAAAAGAAACAGGAAAUCGUCAAGCCAGUAUCUCCUUCAGAGUUGUUUCCAUCUUUGCCUAUUGUACAAGGGACAUCUAAAAGAAUUAAAGUCUUAACCCGGCUAACACUUGUUGUUUCUGAUCCUUCCCACUGUAAUCUCUUGAGAUCAACAUCUGCAAAUAUAAGGUUAUAUGACAUCAUAGCAGUAUUUCCAAAGACUGAGAAGCUGUUCCACAUUGCUUGCACAACUCUAGAUGUGGAUCUGGUAUGCAUAAAUGUAACAGAAAAGCUGCCAUUCUACUUCCGAAGGCCCCCUGUGAAUAUGGCAAUAGAUCGAGGCAUUUACUUUGAACUUCUUUACACGCCUGCCAUCAAAGACUCCACAAUAAGAAGAUACACAAUUUCAAAUGCGAUCAGCCUGAUGCAGAUCUGCAAAGGAAAGAACAUUGUUAUAUCUAGUGCAGCUGAAAGGCCUCUAGAGCUACGAGGUCCUUACGACGUGGCUAAUCUAGGUUUGCUGUUCGGCCUGUCAGAAAGCGAAGCCAAGGCAGCCGUGUCUACCAACUGUAGAGCCACCAUGCUUCAUGGAGAAACUCGGAAGAGUGCCUGUGGGGUAGUGUACACAGUGAAGAAGCCUCGCAAGGCUGAGGAGGAAGAAACAACACUGCCAGCCUGCAAAAAAGUUAAGACUCAAGCUUGAGGACUGAACCAAUUGUCAACAGGAGCCUCCAUCCCAUCUCUACCCCAUGCUGAGUCUUUCCAAAUCCUCCAGUCAACCCAGUUCCUCCCGUACUACUCUAUUUAGCCUGGAGACGAAUUACUCUGAUGCUCAAGUGAGGAAAGCUGUGGGAACGAGUCUGCUGAAUAGUAGUUCAUGUGUGAAAGGUCAUGCUGGACUUCUGGUCAAGGUCAGAUGGCCAUCUCUCCACCCUGUCUUAGGUCUUCUGGAGUUAGUGCGAACUCAACACAACGUUUGUAACAUACGGAAACUUUCAGUUGUACAAGUGCAUUCCUUUUUUAUUAAAAAUGUUUCUAAGAAUGCAAAGUCUAGCUCUUACGGUUUCUCAAGUUUUAAACACAGCUCUGUACUAAACCUUACAGCCACAAGCCAGUAGAUGAAGCUUACCUUCAGUGGUCUGUGAAGAGUAAUGGUGCAGUAAAAAAAGAAAUUAUGCUUCCCAUUCUGUUUCGUGUUCAAUGGCCGUAAAGAAGAUCCCAGCAUCUGUCACCUGCUAGGAGAUAUCUUGGAUUUGUGUUACAGGAGGACUGACCGACCUCACCUGCUAGACAGACAUCCCAAAGGCCAUCCCUGUCCUGCAGCUCUUAAAACCAAACAGGAACAUGAGAUGGUUACCACAGAGGUGAAGGAAGAGCCCAAGGUUACAGUGAAUGUGUGCUCAGUGUGGUGUGUUGCAGUCGUGGCGUAACAGCUGUCUCACCUUGGCCUGAGCAGUCUCCACGUCACAUCAUUUUUACUGCAUCGUUUCACUCUUUAUGUCCUGAUCUGGCCGUGUUGCCUAUGAGUGUUCAUUUUGCUGCCUCCUGCCUUUCCGUUUUCCUUCCUGUUAAUGCCUCAGUAAACCUAAUCUGGUUGCCAAAAAAGCAAUCAUAACAGAUUUAUAAUCAGCAGAGCAUUUUCAGAGCUCUUCCAAAUGUUGACUGAAUUUUUUCUUUUGAUUAAACCAAUAUAAAAAUUAUGUAAGUUACUGUACUCAAGGUACUCUUGAGCCAGCUUCACUGUGAAUAUUCCAGUUCUCUAUUUGCAUUGACAACAAGUUGAGAAGUGGAAGUUAUAGCACCUAAAAUAUUGCAGAAAUCUUGCGGUCGGUCAUCUCUGAGCUCUUAGUAACUGGACUGAGCAGGAUGGAUGAAGUUCUCAGUAGACUAACAGUUCUAUAUAAUGCUGGUGUAAGUCACAACAGCUUUUGCUUCAUUCAACAAAUAAUGAAGUAUUUUUCCUUUAUGUCAUUAUUCUACUCGUUGACUUUAUGAUUUAAGUCUCUUUUAUUAUAGGUAUUGGGAUGUAAAAUAUAUAUAUAUGCACAGUAGUUUGUCAUUUAUGGACUUACCUCCAAAAUGGUGCUUUACCCAGAGAAGAAGUGCAAUUUUUUGAAUGACACGUUCUUUUUCGUUGGCCACAGAAUAACCUGCCUUGAGCAUGAGAGAAGUUGUUUGGUAACUAGCAUAUGGAAAGAGGUCUUUGAAUGCUAGAAAUCCUACUUGUUACUUGUUUGACAUGAUUUUUAAAGAUGUACAAUCUGCAUCUUUGUCCUUUAAGUAGAUAUGGAGCUUCAGGAACUGAUAAAAAAGUUUUUUUCUCCCUCAGCUUCCUGAAGCACGUUGUUUCUGGCCACUUUGGUGCCUGAACAAUUGAAGUGCUUCUCGGUUAGGAUGAUAAAUGAACUGAGUUAGCCAGCACUGAUGUCAUUUCUAUUUCCUGCAAGGCAUGCUCCCAGUGUCCGGGUAAUUGUGCAGAAACAAGUAGUGAAGUAGUGGCUUGCAGAGAAGGGCAGCGAGUGGAGUUGUGCCAUAAUUUUUAUGGAGAGGAGUGUGUUCACAAAUAAAGCCUACGGCUGGCAAGGUGACACUCGUGAGUUACGGUGCUUCUGUGAGAAAAGCCUCAUCUGUCUAAAGCUGUUGGCCUCAGUCUAGGGUAGUUGGCUGCAGACAGAAUAGGCGUUUCUUCUGCUUGCUUCUCUGUGGAGUUUCUGUAAAUUCACUUAGUUUCCAAAACUGGCACUCCGCUAACAACUAUUCAUGGCUGCCCACCCCUGACCCCACCUCAUUGCCCAGGACAUUGCUUUGGCCGGGCUGUAAAGCCUGCUGGCUAGAAGCCAGUUGCAAGGGGUUGGUUUGUGGGAGCCUGUGGCAUAUUUCGCUGGAAGACCAUGCCGUAGGGUGUUAAGAUUUUAACUGAAUGCAGCCUGUAAUGUCCCAAGGAAAUUAGACAUCGAUGCCUCCGCUGGCAGUACUGUUAAGAUUGUUCUGCUUCUGCUAAAGCCAAGGCAGAGGAACCUUUCCUAGCAGGACUCAGCAUCUCCCGUGGCUUGGAGAACUGACGCUGUCUCCUGUGCUCCCCACAGUUAAGUACUGACUUGCUGAGAAACAGAUAUUAAAUCAAUCUCAGCAAUAAAACUGUAGCUUUGAUUUACUAGCUACUCAAGUACUGUCUUUCUGCUUUUGUGUAUGUUUUUCCAUUUAACAAAAUUAGUAAGAUGGCAUUUAUCUAACAGUGGCAGGAA